CUUUCGAACGUUACCGCACGAAUAUCCAACAUGACCGGACGUGGAAAGGGAGGAAAGGGAUUGGGAAAGGGAGGAGCUAAACGGCAUCGCAAGGUAUUGCGAGACAACAUCCAGGGUAUCACGAAGCCCGCCAUUCGCCGUCUCGCUCGACGUGGAGGAGUGAAACGUAUCUCCGGUCUCAUCUACGAGGAGACGCGUGGUGUGCUCAAGGUCUUCCUUGAGAACGUCAUUCGUGACGCCGUCACCUAC